GUUUGUCAGUCAGGGGUCAGAGUCUACGUGGUGAGGUUUGGAACCACUAACCCGGUUGUACACUAAUCACCAUGGUUGAGACCCGUAGUGGGAAGGAGACUAGCCCCUACACCACUGAGCAGCAAGAAAAGAUGGCCGCCUUAGUCAAAGAAAAUAAGGAGAGGAAAGAGCGUGAAAAGCAGGCCAAGUUAAAGGCUAUUGCAGAUGAGCAGGCGGCAAAGAUGAAGAGGUUAGAGGAGGAGAUGAAGAGGGUACAACAAGAGGAGGAAGAAAGAAGGAAGGCUGCUGAAGCAGAAGCGGCAGCAGAAGAAGAGAAAGAGAGAAUGAGAAUUGAGAGUGGGGAAGGGAGCAGUGGUGGCACGAUGAAGUGGGAAACAGAUACUGAGCUGGAGAAGAAGAUCAGCGAGUGGGUCGCUAAUUUAUCGUUGGGGGAAGACGAGGAGGCGGAGCCAUAUGUGACUAAAGAUGAGAAGGCUGCGCUGGCCGCGGAGCUAGCAGCCAUGACAGACCCGAUGGAACGAAGAGAGAGGGAGGAGGAACAAAAGUUAGCAUGGAAGCUGAGAAUGAAGAGGGAGAAGAAGAGGAGGAGGGAGGAAGUGAAUAAGAUKACCGCAACAGUGGCAAAGGUGCAGGAGUGUAGAGCGGAGGUGCUGGCCCAGCCAGAUGAUAAGGCCAAGUGGGAUAAGGUACUGGGGUACCUAGAAGUGUUGAGCAAGGCCUGGAUGGAAGAGCGCCAGGCUAGCUGGAACCAAGAUGUAGCCUUGAGUGCCAUGUGGUCAUGGUUUAGAGACUUUGCGAGCGAGAUCGUCACCCAUAUUGGGGGCGAAGUUAAGCAAUUGAGAGACAAUGUAGGGAAGUUUUGUGAGGGCGCCAUUCAGGGUGCCAAAGCUGUAGCCGCUGUAGAGGGAGAGGCCAGACCCCGUAAGGACCCAGUGAAACUUAAGUUCCCAGAUGCGUACGGGGGAAAGAAGGAAGAAAACUUUGACAACUGGGAAGCCAUUGUCAACAGUUAUAUUUACUUGCAACAUAUCCUAACAAAGGAACAAGUCCUCGUGGCCUUCAAGGCCCUCAAAGAUGAAGCGGCUAGUUUCACCAGGUCUCUAGCGCGUACAUCCGGUUGUGAAAACAACCUGGUUGCAUAUUCCAAAGUCACUCCUCUUUCCCAAUUCCUCAAGCUCCUCAAGGAGCGGUUCGCUGACCCAACGCGAGGCAUUAAAGCCUCUGAUAAGCUCCAGACGAUCCACUCCCGACAGUGGAGGAGUGCCAAGGCACUCAAGGGCAUCAUGGACGACUUGGUAGCCGUCCCGGACCACGGGGUCACAGAGCCCCAGCUGGUCCAGUUGUUUUAUUGUGCCAUUCCAGAGGCCCUACGUGGGCAUUUCUUUGACAAAUCUCAGCAGGCCGGCAUGACUUACGAUGCAUUGAGUAGAGAAGUCGUCCUGUAUGAGUCCAAGUCUAUGCCAGUUACCACUUUCUGGCAUAAGGACCUGGAGAAGGGGAAGAAGUGGAAAGAUCGUACCAUCUCGGGCCAAGUCAAGGCCAAGGAUCACUUGAUCUUGACAUUAGAGGAGGGUGGUACAGGAGAGGUCCCAUAUGAUCAGAUUGAGUGGGGCGUAGGGGAGGAGUACAGUAGUGUAGGGCAGGGGAGGUCUUAUGCUGCUGUCGCGGCCGGAGGGAGGCCGCAAGACGGAGAUGGCAUCAAGCCAGAGGACAGCAAGAUCGCGACGAUUAGAGAUUGGCGGACGCCCUGCACAUUGACAGAGUUGCGAUCGUUCCUAGGCUUAGCUAACUACUGUAGGAAGUUCGUGAGGAACUUCUCCACUAUCGCCGCUCCCUUGCGCCGAUUGCUGAAGAAAGAGGCAAUCUGGCAAUGGGACAAAGACUGUACGUCUGCGCUCAAGAAGCUAAAGCGCGCGUUAAUAGAGUAUCCUGUCCUCAAAGUUGCAGAUCCGUCUUUGCCAUUUGUCGUCACCACGGAUGCGAGUCAGUAUGGGAUAGGCGUCGUGUUGCAGCAAGACAACGACAAUGCCUAUAGACCCGUAGAGUUCAUGUCAGCGAGGAUGCCCUGUGAGAAGGUUGCUGCCUCCACGUACGAGAGAGAACUCUACGCUCUCAGGCAGGCUUUAGAUCAUUGGAAGCACUACCUGCUUGGGAGACACUUCAAAGUGUAUUCGGACCACGAAACGCUUAGAUGGUUAAAGACUCAGGCCAAGAUGACACCUAAGUUGACUAAAUGGGUCGUAGAGAUAGACCAAUUCGACUUUGAGCUCAAGCCAGUGAAGGGCAAGUACAACGUAGUUGCGGAUGCUCUGAGUAGGAGAUCAGACUACUUUGGAGUUGUAGUACACUAUCGAGAUAUAGGGAGAGACCUGCAGGAGAAAGUGAGGCAAGCAUAUGGGCAUGACCCUAUCUAUAGCGACCUCCUAAAGAGAGUUAGAGAGGCCCCAGAGACUGAACCAGAUUACCGCACUACAGACGGGUUAUUGUUUGAGAAGACUAAUGUGUUUGACCGCCUGUGCGUUCCCAACAACGAAGAGAUCCGUAGUUUGAUUUUAGGGGAAUGCCACAAUACGGAAGGGCAUUUCGGUUGGCAAAAGACAUUAGCCAACCUGAUGCAUGCGUAUACCUAGCCAGGGAUAAAGAAUGACUGCAUAGAGUAUGUCCGCAGUUGUAAAGUUUGCCAGAGGAAUAAGUCUACUACACACGCGCCCCUAGGUCUUCUCAGACCCUUGCCUAUUCCGGAUCAGCCGGGAGACUCCGUGUCCAUAGACUUCAUGGACACCCAAGUCAAGAGUAGAAAUGGUAAGAGCCAAGUCAUGGUCGUAGUGGACCAUUUUAGUAAAUAUGCAGUUUUCGU